GUCGCUGCUUGCUUCAAAGGAGCAGCCCAGCCGCCAGCAGCCAGUGUGCAGCGGCCACGCGGCGCAAACGCUGUCGACGCGACCAUUGCCAAGCAGCACAGACAAAAUGGCAGCCCAGCACGACAUGUCCGCGGACAUCAAGCUCGCCGAGCAGAACGCGUCGAGCAUAAUUUUAGGCAUCGACGGCGCGCCGCACGACCCGCAGAAGCUCACGGCGAUGCUGCGCGAGCACGGCAUGGCACAAACUGUCAUAAGCUGCGAAUUGGUCCACGAACUCGCGCAGCCCAACUCCAUCACGGGCGCGCUCGACCUCGCAUUGGACGACGGUUCCACAAAAAGGCUCUUCGUGAAGAAGAUGACGGCGGCGCAGGUCGCGCACAAGGCCUGGAACGACCGGAGGCGGUCCCUGCUCUAUAUGAGGAAUGAGGUCCGUUUCUACUCCGAGUUCCCCGAGCUUAAGGAAAGGGGCGUGCGCUACCCUACUGUAUAUGGCGUCGAGGAUCAACUGGAAAAAGUGACAGGUCAACUGGGCGGCGCCGUCCCCGAGGAGCCAUCAGACUUAUCAAAGUGCGGCGCGCUGCUCUGGAUGGAGCCCGUUCUGGGGUAUGACCAGGGCUCUCCGCUACCGGCGGACAAGUCCGCAUUGAUAUUGUCUGCCGUCGCGCGCCUGCAUUCUGCGUCGUGGGAGGAUACGAAUCUACUGAAGAGAGCGUCCGAAAGAUUGCAGCACCCGGGCGGGUCCUUCGCCCUCAAGAUCCGCAACCCCGCGGAGCUCGAGAAGAUCGUGGCGAAUUGGGAGACUUUUGUAAAGAACUUCGCCGAGGAGGCGCCGGCCGGAUUUUUUGAGAAGCGGGUCAAUUUAGGCGAGCGGCUGCGGCGCGCGGCGCCCUGGGUCGCGGCGCAGCUCGCGCCGGCGCCUUCAGAUAAGCACGCGUGCCUCGUCCACGGCGACCUCAAGGCGAUGAACGCGUUCUUGCCGCGAGAUAAUCCGGACCCCGACGCGCUGCUGAUCGACUUCGCGUCCACUGGUGUUGGCUACGGUAUGGCCGACGUGGCCAUGCACCUGACGCACGCGCUGAUGCCUGGGGACCUGCGGACGCACGAGGCCGAUUUAUUACAGCGCUACCUGCGGUUCCUCGGGCAAGAUUAUGAUUCAAAACUUGCGAGGCGCCACUACGAGCUCGCGACGAUCGACUACGGGCGUUUUGUUCUAGGUCGCUUCUGGGGCGCGGCGUCGCCCGACUCGUUCUGGGAGAAGCGACACAAGAGCAACGUCGCGCUCGUGCACCGCAACGUGCCGGCGGCUUUGCACUUCGUCGAGCGCCUCGACGCCUACCUCGCGAAGUACGAAGGGGAGAUAAGUUUGAUAACUUAA